CUAGGGGAAGUUUGUGUCAGAUUCAUAACAUAAACAUACUCAAAUUGAACGUGCUCUAGCUGUAAGAUCAAGGAGUAGUUUCUGAGGUUUUAAAAAGGCUAUUAAUUUAAGGAAGCAAUGGUUGUUCUUGCAUCAUUUCAACCUCCAACAGAAGGAAUUCGACAUCAAGAGCCAAAUACAAUAGCACGUGUUAAGUCUAGAGAUCUAGGGAAAGGAACUCUUUAUAUAGCAGAAAGUCAACUUACAUGGGUUGGAGAGAGUGGUCAAGGAUUCUCUCUAAAAUAUCCAACUAUUUCAUUGCAUGCUGUGUCUCGAGACUUGAAUUCCUUUCCAUCUGAAUGUUUAUAUUUGAUGACUGAUGCUGAUUUAGAAAGUAAUGAUACAAUUGAAGAGCAGAAUGGAGAGAAUGAGGAGCCAGAGGAUAGCAAAAUAUUAGAAAUUCGUUUUAUACCUGAAAACACUGAAACAUUGGAUUCAAUGUUUAAAGCAAUGAUGGACUGUCAAGCUUUAUAUCCAGAUCCUGAUGAUUCAUCAUCCGAAGAUGAAGAAGGAUGUUUUGAUGAUGCAGAAGAAGAUUCUGGAGCAGAAUAUGAUGUGGCAGCAGCAGAGAGACAUCGUAGUCAGAGUGAUGCUUCACAUGAAAACUCUCACAUUAGUUAGUCGUCUGUUCUUCUUUUUUUUUUUUUGCAGAAAUUUAAUAUAGCUUUAUUCACUGAAUAAAUACCUCAUUUUUCUUAUCCAUGUGGUGUAUAUUUUUAACUUUAGAUAUCAUAAUAAUUACUUGAAAGAUAGUAAGAACAUACAUACGUACAGUAACUGUUUGACACUUUAAAUAAGUCAUUGAGAAAAUUUUAGUUUCAAUAUUAAAAGUAGAAAAUAUCUUUGUAUCAAAGACAUUCAAUAAAAAUUACUGUUCAAUUGGAAUUAGAUUUUUGUGACAAAAUUAUUCAAACACUUUUAUGCUAUAUAUGAUGUUGUAGGUCACUUCACCAUAAGGCAAAGUUAUUAAACUUAAAGAUCUGUAUUAUGCUAUUAAAAUUCAUAAAUACUACUGUGAGUGCAAACAUUCAGUUUCUACAGUCCUAAAGAAGUACAUUUACAUGUGUUUCUGGUAACUGUAUUACCGGGUCUGGUUAAAAAGAAACUUUUAAUGUAUACUUACUUCGCCAAGAGCCCCCCAGUGGCACAGCAGUAUGCUAGAAAUGCUAGAAACCAGGUUUCGAUACACGUGGCGGGCAGAGCACAGAUAGCCCUUGUGUAGCUUUGUGCAUAAUUAAAAACAAAAAACAAACAAACUUCGCCAAGAAUCUUCACAAAUGAAUUUGUCAGAAUUGGAGCAAUUUUGCCAGGAAGAAUGGACAACAAUUACACAAUCCCAUUGUGCAAAGUUGGUAGAGACCUAUCCAAAAAGACUCACAGCAGUAAUUGCUGCCGAAGGUACUUCCACCAAAUAUUAACUUGGAGGGCUGAAUACCUAUGCAAUCAGCAAAUUUUGAUUUAUAUAUUUUCUUUGCAAGUUUUGCUAACAUUCAACCUCAUUCACACAUAACAAUGUUAAGUUUGAGCACUAGAGUUCUGAAUAAAAACAAGCUAGUUUAAAGAAUUGUUUACAUGAUUUGUAUUUCAUCAAAUGUGACAUUAUUGGUAGGGGUGAAUACUUUUGCAAGGCACUGUAGGUAGAUUUUAUAACUUUCUAUAAAGGUUCAUCAUAUUGAAUAUCAUUUAAUUAUUGGUAUAGUAAUAUAGAUGACUAUAAUUUGGAGAAAUUUAUCUCAUUUCUUUCUAUAAUGCUUAUAGCACUGAAAAAAUUUCUAUGUAUGAGCUGUUUUAAACGUCGUUAAUAAUAAAUGGCACAUCAAACAUUUAAUAUUGGUAGAAAUGUA